AUGAAAUUCGAGCACUAUACAGGAAUAUUAUUUGGAGGUUAUGGCGUAUUACUUCUUUUCGAAAUAUGUUUCUUUAUGUCUCUACCAAAUCGAUUACUAGCAAAAUUGGUUGAAAAAUUAUUUGGAAUCAUUCGAUUAGAUCAUCAAAGAUUGAUCAUGAAUUUCUUUGGUAUCAAUAUUGAUUUUUUAUCAUCAAGGCGCUUUCGUCUAUCUCUUAUUAUUCAAUUAGCAUUUAUUCCAUGGAUUACCUUGGUUUUACUUGUAGAUGGAUGUAUCUUUCAACUGCAACAUUUAUCCGGUCGAGAUUUUUGUCCAGUAUUAGAUAGUGAUUGUUUUCUGAUGGAUAAACCGUUGACAUAUGAAAGAAUUCUUUGUCCACCUGGUGAAAUAUUAUCGAACUCUACUUCAACUAAUGCUAUCUGUUUCGUGUUAAUAUAUACUGAGCAAAGUACUAUUUCUGUACUUAAUCAGAUUGGUAUUUGUUCAAGUGUUUUCUCGCUUCUAUGUCAUGUUUUCAAGGGUACUUGUUAUAUGUCUCACAAAUGGUGGGGUCUUAUUGUAUUUAUUCUUUUAUUGAUUAUAUCUGUAACACUUCUCAUCGUCUCCUUUUUAAUAAUCGAAAUGAACAUUUCUUUUACUUCAAAAUUAUUGUUAACAGCUUUAAGUUGUCUUCUAAUCAAUGUGAUGCAAUUACUUCAAUUUACGCAUUAUUAUAGACGGAAUCGUGUUCAACCAUCGACUAUAAUCAUGAAGACGUGUUUAUAA